AUGCGCGUCUCUGUUCCUACCAUCCCUGAGGCCCUCCUCAGGACGGCCACUGCGACACAGACCAUCUCGCAUGCUGGCGCAGUUGAGCGGAUAUCGAGCUUCAUCGCUCCUGGAAACGUCGCAGUCCUCACGGGAGCGGGGGUGAGUGUAGAUUCGGGCAUCAGAGCCUACCGCGGCGUGAAGGGCAGGUAUUUGAAUCCAAAUUACAAGCCGAUAUUUUACCAUGAAUUGAUGGAUUCGACUGAAAAAGGCGCGGCCUUUAGACGACGAUACUGGUACCAAAUUUUUCGCUCAAACGAUGUCGGUUUCUCUAAUAUCUGCACAAGGCUCCGUUCAUACAUCGGAUACCCACCCUUGAGCGCCGCGCAGCCCAAUCCCACCCAUUACGCCCUAGCCGCUCUACAGUACAGCGAUGUCGUUAACAGACUCGUCACCCAGAAUGUCGACGGCCUGCAUCACAAGGCCAUCUCGCACGUGUGGGAUAAUGCCCGAAUGGAGGAAAGGAUCCUGGAGCUCCACGGACGACUACGUAGCGUGCGCUGCUCGAAUGGUCAUUUGGUCCAACGGGAUGCGUUUCAAGAGAGGUUAUCGGAGGCUAACCCGCAAUGGAAGGCGUUCAUGGGUGAGCUGGAGGCGACAGGACGGAAAGUGCGGACGAACCCGGACGGUGAUGUCGAGUUGGAGGGUGUGAGCUAUGACGAAUUUGUAGUACCCGACUGCCCGGCUUGUUUGUCCGAAGGUCUACGUAACAAUAUCCUCAAACCCGAGGUCAUAUUCUUUGGCGAGUCUAUCUCGAAAGAGGUGAAGGGUCGGUCAUUUGCAGAUGUAGAGAGCUGUGAUAGACUAUUCAUGGUUGGCACAACCUUGGCGACAUUCUCGGCGUUCAGGCUCCUCAAGCAUGCCCUGGACCUACGCAAACCUGUCCUUCUCCUAAACCUUGGUCCCACACGCGCCGACGCCCUCGCUCACCCAAUCGAGAAGAUCGAGAUGUCCAGCGGGACCGUAAUGGCGGACGUUGCGAAGGCUGUGCUAGGGUCCCGCGCUUCCGAGGACCCUGUCGUAGUCAACAUGCUGCGGAGCGGUAUCGUGAGACCACCGCUAGAGGACGAGGAUGAUACAGCGCCGAGAGCGGUCGGGUAG